GCCGUGCCGCCCAUCGUCGUCCAGCCUUCCGACGCGGGGCGCCCGGAGCCGCUGCUCGGGCGCCGCAGGGACUCGGCGCCCUCCGCGGCCGACGGCCACCUGCUCUCGCCGUCGCCGUCGCCGUCCGACGGCAGCCUGCUGCCUUCGCCCGUGGCACCGCGGAAGUCGUCCACGCUGCUGUCGGUGCACAGCUGCAACUCGCUGUCCUCCGACCUGCGGCAAAGGACCCGAAACCUCUCGGGCGGUUCUCCCCGGCCGCGACACGCCAAGAAGAUCCACUUCAUCAAAAACAUGAAGCAGUACGACACGAGAGGCAGCAGGAUCGUGUUGAUCUGCGCCAAAAGAUCCCUGUGCGCCGCCUUUUCCGUUCUGCCGUAUGGAGAAAGCUUUUACCUCAGCGAGCCCGCGUUGAGCCACCCCCGGCGGAGACACUCGUCGGGGAAUAUUUCCACCUCCUUGGAGAUGACGGCACUGGAGGGUUUCCACAUGGAGACGUACAGCCGGUCGGUGUCGUACGCCCGCUUCCUGUACCCCACCGACGCCCUGGUCAGGCGCAAGCCCUCGUCCGCCGCCGACCCGACGCCGCAGGUUCCCCUUUCGAGGAGCGCGCGCGGCACGCCUGCCGGCGGCUUCCCUCCCGGUCGGCUCAACAGCGCGGUGGGACUCGACCUCGGUAGAACAGCCGCACGCACGCACGCACGCACUGAUUGUUUGUCAUCGAAGGGGCCGAUGAGCGAUAUUCAUUUGCAGAAAAGAGAAAAUAGUAGUGUCAAAAAAAAAAAUACCACGUUGCGUGUUUCUUUCAUCGACCCCUCCCACAUAAAGAGAAGCCACAGUUUAGUUUCAAGAUUCGCGGCCAAAGACAACAAACACAACAGGAAGUUGGUGUCGGCCGCCUGCAUCCUAUUGGCCGCCAAGAUCAGCAGCGAUCUAAGGAAACAGGAGGUCAUACAUCUCAUCGAUAAGCUGGAGGAGCGCUUCAGGAUCGGCAGACGGGAGCUGAUCAGCUUUGAGUUCACCAUCCUGGUGGCCCUGGAGAUGGCCCUCUACCUCCCGGAAAGCAAAGUCAUGCCACAUUACAGGCGGCUGGUGCAGCAGCAGUUGUAGCUCGCCGCGCUUCC